AAAUAGUAGAGCUACCACGGGUAAAAAAUGUGACACCUUUCCUUCCAGCUGAUUCUCAUUCUUUUUCUCCGAUUGAAUCGCAAUCACAAAUUCCAGUGGAAGUAAUUCCUGUGGUGAGUGUAUUGGGGUCUCCAAUGUUUGCCUUGCUUUAUUAA